UUGAAUGGAUGAUUUUGGCAACCAUCAUAGCUAACUGUAUCGUCCUGGCUCUGGAACAGCAUUUACCUGAGAAUGACAAAACUCCUCUUUCUGAGAGACUGGAUGAUACAGAGCCCUACUUCAUAGCCAUCUUCUGUUUUGAGUCAGGUAUAAAGAUUCUGGCUCUGGGCUUUGCCCUCCAUAAGGGCUCCUACCUGAGGAAUGGAUGGAACGCUAUGGACUUUGUAGUAGUGCUCACUGGUAUCUUGUCGGCGGUUGGCUCCGAAUUUGACCUGCGGACACUGAGAGCAGUCAGGGUUCUGCGACCACUUAAGUUGGUGUCAGGGAUUCCCAGCCUGCAGGUGGUACUCAAGUCCAUCAUGAAGGCUAUGAUCCCCCUGCUGCAGAUCGGACUGCUUCUCUUUGUGGCCAUUCUGAUGUUCGCCAUCAUCGGCCUCGAGUUCUACAUGGGAAAGUUCCACACCACCUGUUUCGACAUCGCCACUGAUGAGAUUUAUGAUGAGUUGCCAUGCGGUACAGAGUUACCGUCCAGAUUGUGUCCUAAUGGGACCACGUGUAAAGGCUAUUGGCUGGGGCCCAACUAUGGGAUCACCCAAUUCGACAACAUUCUCUUUGCUGUCCUCACUGUAUUCCAAUGUAUCACCAUGGAGGGUUGGACCGAUAUGUUAUACUAUAGUAAUAAUGUAGAGGGAAGUGCCUGGAACUGGAUGUACUACAUCCCCCUCAUCAUCAUCGGGUCCUUCUUCAUGUUAAAUCUGGUGCUGGGCGUCCUCUCAGGAGAGUUUGCCAAAGAGAGAGAGCGAGUAGAGAACCGUGCAGAGUUCCUCAAAUUGAGACGCCAGCAGCAAAUAGAGAGAGAGCUAAACGGAUAUCUAGAAUGGAUCUGUAAAGCAGAGGAGGUCCUUCUGAAUGAGGAUGGUACCAUUUUUACCGGUACCGUCAAGACCAAGAACAAGAAAGAGCUGCUGAAUCCGGAGGAGGGGGAAGACGGUGGAGCUAAUGGAGACCCGUUUGGCCGAGGUGGUCUGCAGGAUGGGUCCAACUACAAUAGGAACGAGCGGCGGAUCCGGUUCUUCAUCCGUAAGAUGGUGAAGACUCAGGCCUUCUACUGGACCGUCCUGAGUCUGGUGGGCCUCAACACCAUGUGUGUGGCGGUGGUACACUAUGAACAACCUGAGAUCCUCUCCGACUUUCUCUUCUAUGCAGAGUUUAUAUUCCUGGGUCUGUUCAUGUCAGAGAUGUGUAUUAAGAUGUAUGGCUUGGGGACUAGGCCCUACUUCAACUCCUCCUUCAACUGCUUUGACUGUGUUGUGAUCGUGGGCAGUAUAUUUGAGGUGAUAUACGCGGUCAUUAAGCCAGGGACAUCGUUUGGCAUCAGUGUGUUAAGAGCCCUCCGACUGCUCAGGAUCUUCAAAGUCACCAAGUACUGGGCCCCUCUACGUAACUUGGUGGUAUCAUUACUCAACUCUAUGAAGUCCAUCAUCAGUUUGCUCUUCCUCCUCUUCCUCUUCAUUGUCGUCUUUGCCCUUUUGGGCAUGCAGCUCUUCGGUGGACAGUUCAACUUUGAAGGUGGCACGCCGGCCACCAACUUUGACACCUUUCCUGCAGCUAUAAUGACAGUAUUUCAGAUCCUGACGGGUGAAGACUGGAACAUGGUGAUGUAUGAUGGGAUCAAGUCUCAGGGAGGAGUGAACAGUGGAAUGGCCUACUCCGUCUUCUUCAUAGUGCUCACACUCUUCGGCAACUACACCCUGCUGAAUGUGUUCUUAGCUAUCGCCGUGGACAAUCUGGCCAAUGCUCAGGAGUUGACCAAGGAUGAGGAGGAGCAAGAAGAGGCAGCUAAUGCCAAGACAACCCUGCAGAAGGCCAAGGAGGUGGCUGAAGUGAGUCCUCUGUCUGCCGCUAACCUCUCCAUCGCUGCUAAGGAGCAGCAGAAGAAUAAUAAGGCUGGUGGUAAAUCUGUGUGGGAACAGAGGACCAGUGAGAUAAGGAGACAGAACCUGAUGACCAGCAGAGAGGCCCUGUACAACGAGAUGGACACGGAGGACUGGAAGGUCAGGGGAGAGGGGGAGGGAGAGGUGUCAUACCCCCAUCGUGCGGGGGACAUGAAGACCCACCUGGACCGUCCGCUGGUGGUCAACCCCCAGGACAACCGCAACAACAACACCAACAAGACCCGGCCCGGAGAGCCCCCUCUAGACCCGCAGGACACCCUGGGCCAGCAGAGGGCUGAAGAAUACAUCAGACGCCAGGCCUGCUACCAUCAGAGGAACAGGGGGAGUGAACCAAGGGGGGGUAGUGGCCCAGAGAGAGAGGCCCGUCUGGGGCACGGGGGGAGCAGAUUGUCCCUGCAGACGCUGGAGGGUAUUGAAGAAAGAAGGGAACAUGGAAGGAGAUGUAGGCAUAAAGAAGGGAAGGAGGGGAGGAGUGUGUCACCGCAUUAUAGCGAGGGAGGAGUGGGGGAUGAGAGGGAGGGGGGUGAGGUAGAGGGGGAGGGGAGGAGGCCGAGGCGUCAUCGGCAUGGAGAGAGGAGCCGACAGCAUCGAGUUAGAAAAGACCACCACUGCAGUGGCCCCAACCUCUCCACCGCUCGGCCCAUCCUCAGACAGGACAGUCAGUACAGGGAAGACCUAGACAACCUCCUCAACAACAGCAAACUACACGACCACACCCUCCACCCGCUGCCCCCAGACCACCCUGACCUUGUGAAUAACCUCCUGAACCGCAGUGUGACAGCAGACACACACCACCAUAGUAUGGACAGUCUAAUUCUGACCAGUAUGGCCAAGCCGGGUCAUACGGUCGUGGAUAUGAUGCCUCCUGUCUAUCCAUAUCCCUCCACCAAUGCCAUCCUGCAAGUGAACAAGAAUGCUAACACAGACCAAAAAAAGAAGGAUGAGGAGAAGAAGGAGGAAGAGGAGGAUGAAGGGGGCGAUGAAGAUGGUCCCAAACCAAUGCCCCCGUUCAGCUCCUGUUUCAUACUGUCCACCACCAACCCGUUCCGUAGGUGCUGCCACUACAUCCUGACCAGGAAGUACUUUGAGUUCAGUAUCCUGUCUGUGAUCGCAAUGAGCAGCAUCGCCCUGGCUGCAGAGGACCCUGUCUGGCCUGAGUCACCAAGCAACCAAGUGCUGAAAUACUUUGACUAUGUCUUCACGGGUGUCUUCACGUUUGAGAUGUUGAUCAAGAUGGUGGUGCUAGGCCUGUUCUUACAUCAGGGUUCAUACUUCAGGGACCUGUGGAACAUCCUGUGCCUUUAUGUGGUUAGUGGCCUAACUGUCUGUGUGUCGUUCUGGGGGAGUGGCAAAGGGAAAGACAUCAGCACUAUCAAGUCUCUGAGAGUACUGAGGGUACUACGACCUCUCAAGACCAUCAAACGACUCCCCAAGCUAAAGGCUGUGUUUGACUGUGUGGUGAACUCUCUGAAGAACGUCCUGAACAUCCUCAUCGUCUACAUGCUCUUCAUGUUUAUAUUUGCUGUGGUGGCCGUGCAGCUGUUCAAAGGCAGAUUCUUCUACUGCACUGACGAGUCCAAGGAGUUUGAGCGCGAUUGCAGGGGAGAGUUUUUGGUGUACGAACGGAAUGAAGUAAAAGCUGAGAAGCGGGAGUGGAAGAAGUACGAUUUCCACUACGACAACGUGCCUUGGGCCCUGCUCACCCUCUUCACUGUGUCCACUGGAGAGGGCUGGCCGCAGGUGUUAAAGCAUUCGGUAGAUGCGACCUAUGAGAAUCAGGGUCCCAGUCCGGGCUACCGGAUGGAGAUGUCCAUCUUUUACGUGGUGUACUUCGUUGUCUUCCCCUUCUUCUUCGUCAAUAUCUUUGUUGCUCUCAUCAUCAUCACCUUCCAAGAACAGGGGGAUAAGAUGAUGGAGGACUACAGUCUGGAAAAGAAUGAGAGAGGAUGUAUAGACUUUGCCAUAAACGCCAAGCCCCUGACCCGCCACAUGCCCAAGAACAAGCAGAGCUUCCAGUUCCGAAUGUGGUCGUUUGUGGUGUCCCCACCGUUCGAGUACAGCAUCAUGGGUCUGAUCGCACUCAAUACUAUAGUCCUCAUGAUGAAGUAUAAUGGGGCGUCUGACACCUAUGAUAAAGUCCUGAAGAACAUCAACAUCGUCUUCACUACCCUCUUCUUCAUGGAGUGUAUUCUCAAGAUCAUCGCCUUCGGGGUUUUGAAUUAUUUUAAAGAUGCUUGGAACAUUUUUGAUUUUGUCUCCGUGCUCGGAAGCUUCACUGAUAUCCUGGUGACAGAAUUUUGGAAUAACUUCAUCAACCUGAGUUUCCUUCGACUGUUUCGAGCGGCUCGUCUCGUCAAGCUACUGAGACAAGGAGAGACUAUACGCAUCCUGCUCUGGACUUUCGUCCAGUCAUUUAAGGCGCUGCCCUAUGUGUGCCUCCUCAUUGGCAUGCUGUUCUUUAUCUACGCCAUCAUUGGGAUGCAGUUGUUUGGUAAUCUGGCACUGGGCGAGGACGAAGGCAGUGCCAUCAACGAAAACAACAACUUCAGGACUUUCAUCAUGGCACUCAUGUUACUAUUCAGGAGUGCGACAGGUGAGGCGUGGCAUGACAUCAUGCUGUCGUGUCUGGGGGGUAAGAAGUGUGACCCAGACUCAGGGAACACAGAACCAGAGUGUGGCAGCACCUUCGCAUACACAUACUUCGUCUCCUUCAUCUUCUUCUGUUCUUUCCUGAUGCUGAAUCUGUUUGUGGCUGUCAUCAUGGAUAACUUUGAGUACCUGACCAGAGACUCAUCUAUACUGGGUCCUCAUCACCUGGACGAGUACGUCAGGAUAUGGGCCGAGUAUGACCCCGCUGCCUGCGGGCGCAUACAUUAUAAGGAUAUGUACAGUUUAUUGAGAGUAAUCUCCCCUCCUCUGGGCUUGGGCAAGAAAUGCCCUCAUAGGGUGGCCUGCAAGAGGCUGCUGCGCAUGGACUUGCCGGUUGCCGAGGACAACUCAGUGCAUUUCAACUCCACCCUCAUGGCUCUGAUUCGGACAGCGCUCGAUAUCAAGAUUGCCAAGGGAGGAGCAGACAAACAUCAGAUGGACGCUGAGCUACGGAAAGAAAUGAUGGCCAUUUGGCCCAACCUCUCUCAGAAGAACCUAGACCUGCUGGUCACGCCACACAAGUCCACAGACCUGACGGUGGGGAAGAUCUACGCUGCCAUGAUGAUCAUGGAGUAUUACAGACAGAGCAAGGCCAAGAAGCUCCAGGCCCUACGCGAGGAGCAGAACCGAACACCGUUAAUGUUUCAGCGCAUGGAGCCGCCCUCCCCCGGGGGAGGAGAAGGGGGAGGAGGGGGAGGCCCCGACGGGACGGGAGGAGGGAUGCCAGGGGUCAACGGCCUCCCCGCCACACAGCACGACCCCAACAGCAUACCUCCAGAGGGUGGGAUGACAGAGAGCCAGUCGUGGGUGACAGCUAAAGCUCAGGAGAUGUUUAACAAGACAGGCAACUGGAGCCCAGAGAGACACUACCCCGACCAUCUCCAUGACAACAGACACAACCCCCAGACGCUAGAGAUGAGAAAGAUGGGGCGGGACGGGUACUCGGAAACUGAGCCCUGUCACCCAAUGCGAAUGGACAGGCAUGGUCGGACCAUCUCCAUGCCCCGCCUCUCAGACGACAACCAAAGUGUACAUGAUGCUGCGCGGAGACGACACAGGCCCCGUGGACAUAACCACCUCAGUACCAUAACAGACACCAGCCCCAUGCGUCGGUCCACCUCCUCUCUGGUCCACGGGCGUUCUGGCAGGGAGAGGGGGGUGAGGCUGGAUGACUACAGCCUGGAGAGGGUAGAAGGAGAGGGGAGGCACGGUGGGGGAGCAGGAGGGGGACAACGCAGGGACAGGAGGGACAGGAGCCACCGGACCUCUCAGAGGUCCCUUACCAGAUACACAGACGCAGACACAGGGUUGGGCACAGACCUGAGCACUACCACCCAGUCUGGAGAACUCCCCCCCAAAGAGCGUGAACGCGAACGCGGUCGAGCCAAAGACCGCAGGCACCACCAUCAUCACCACCACCACGGUGGCUCCAUGGAGAAGGAGGGGCGCUUCGGGCCAGACAGACACGGGCCAGAGUUCACCCACAGACACCCCCACGACCGGGGGGACAGACACUGGUCCCGCUCUCCUAGUGAGGGGCCCGACGGACGGGGCCACAGACAGGGCAGUAGCUCGGUGAGCGGCAGCCCCGUCCCCUCCACGUCCGGUACCUCCACCCCCCGCCGCGGGCGCCGCCAGCUGCCCCAGACCCCCGCUGUGCCACGCCCCCACGUCACCUACUCCCCAGCCAUACGACACCCCAAGCCCACCUACGGAGCAGGUCCCCUGGGCGACUCCGCUCCCCCUCCCCCCGACACUUCUCCCCCCCAGAGCACGACGGAGGGGGGUAUCACCGCCCGCCAUCGCGUCACGUUUCCCCGCUUGAGCACGGAGGGUCGAGGCACGGGUCUCCGAGAUCGGCCCGGCACCAGUCGGGGUCUCGUUCACCUCCGCCCCACCAUGGGUCACCCCGGUCCCCCCGCCACGGGCGCUGGAGCGGUCCCCCUCCCGGGGAUAGUCUGGAGAGCGAGGGCGGCCCAUUCUAUGAGCGUGACUGCGAGUACGAGCGCCAGCAUGAGCCGCCCGCCUACGAGCAGAGCCUCAGCAACCCACAUCCCCACGGCAACCCCCACCCGCACGGCAACCCACACCCGCAUGGCAACCCGCACCCACGCUCCCCCAGGACUGCCCGGCACGGGGGCGGCGUGGGCCCACCACCUCCACUUGCUCCCACUCACCCCCGACGAGUCCCAAAUGGUUACCGCUCGUCUUCGCCCUCCCCGCACCGGCGAGGGCCCCCACAUCAACACCCCAAUCCAGGGGGACCACCCCACCGGUCCCCCCCUCAUCACCGGGUCCCACAUGGAGGCCCCAGAGGCCCCCGGAAGGGACUGCACGAACCGUACAGCGAGACGGACGAGGACGACUGGUGCUAGCACAGCGAAGGAACAGAAGAACGAGGGAGGAGAGGAAGAGAGAAAAAGGAGGGAGGAGAGGAGUCUCUCCGUCUCCCCCGUCCUCUGUUCUUCGUUAUGCAGACUUGAAUGAAGGGUAAAGGGAUGCAGAAGGGGGUGAGGAAAGGAAAGGAGGAGAGGAGAAUUUGGGAGAAGUCUCUCCAUCUCUCUACCUCCACCCCUGAGACUCAGACUUGGAUGGAAUGAUAAGGGAUGGAGGGAUAGUUAGAGGAGAGGAGGCACACUGUGUGGGUGUGUGAGACUCUAAACUCAGAGCAGACAUGACAAAGAGAGACAGCUAUAAGGCAGAACUACGCACCUCUCCUCUUCUCCUCUGUCUCAACUACCAUACCCAGAGUUCUCAGCGUGCCCAGGGGGAGUAGACAGAGGGAUGGUGGAGAGGUGCUGACGGAGGUGUGGAGAGGGAAGAAAGAACAAAAGAAUGAAAGGAAGGGAGGAGCAUGUAUAUUAAGUUACAAGUGGCCAAUGAAUGGUAAAUCAAAGCCCCUCUCCCAGACUGUUUAGGGGAUAGGUGGGUUAGUUAAGUUAAGCUAAACCUGGGUGCUCUUGCUGUUCUGUCAUUCUAUUCUACUAGCCUGAUAAGUGUUAGGAGCUAACAGCUAAACGCUAGCUAGCUAACACUGCUCUUGGUCUAACCUAGGCGGACAUGUUUAAAAAAACAACAAGGAAAACCCAUGCCAGGACCCCCUAUCCUUAUACACGCCAAGCUAUGCCUCCAGAAAAAUCUAACUUGAAGUCUAAAGAACAGAAAACAAAAACAAACUUUGAAAAAAAAGAGGAGAAAAAAAGGGAGAACAACCACUUUAACUUAAACUUUCCUUAAUUAAAGGGACCGGACUAGAACCAGGAAGCUCCGCCUCUACUGCAAAAACCAGCCAAUGACAGAGCUGGCUGAUAUUUGAUGAGUUUUAUCAUCUCCUGUUUACUGUUACAGACUCACGAAAUGCUGACGACGGACCUGGUGUGACCUCACUUCCGGUGGGUGGGGCCUAGUGUGACAUCACGUCCUGUUCCGGUGGGUGGGGCCACAGGGGAGGGGCUGGGGGCAGAGUUAUGGACCCUUAGGGGGCGUAGUUUGUUUGCCCCCACUAUCUUCUCUCCCCCCUUCCUCUCUCCUCCAUCCUGCCGAAAAAGAAAGGACAGGGAACGAAAAUGAUGUGAGGAGGAGUGGAAAGACAGAAGGGAAGGGAGGGAAAAUGAUGUGAGGAGGAGCAGAAAGACAGAAGGGAAGGGAGGGAAAAUGAUGUGAGGAGGAGUGGAAAGACAGAAGGGAAGGGAGGGAAA